AUGCAAUCUUUUGUGCAACUCCAGCUGUUUGGGAUCUACGGCUGUAGAAACAUAGAAGAAGUUAUCUUUAUAGAAGGAUUAGCAGAAGAAGGCAUGAUGAGCCAAAUAUUCCCUAAACUAGGAUAUUUGCAAAUCAUAGACCUUCCCAAACUCGUGAGAUUCUGCCAUGGAAGUUACUUUGAAUUCCCCUUGUUAAGAGAGCUUACGAUAAACAACUGUCCUGCAUUGAAGACCUUCAUCUCUGAUUCUACAGUGACAAACCAUACUCAUGUUUGUCAAAAUGCAAAAGGAAACAACUCAAAUAUUGAUUUCGCUCCUCUCUUUAGUGAAAAGGUGGCUUUCCCUCAAUUAGAGAAAUUGAGAAUACGUGAGGCAAACUGCAGAAAGAUAUGGCCUGAUCAGCUCGUUACAUUUCCCAAUCUGGAAGAAUUAAAAUUGGAGUGGAAUAACAUUAUGAAAAAGAUAUGGCAUGGACAACUUAGAGCAAACUUUUUCUACAAACUCAAAGUUCUUGAGUUCAUUCACUUUCCUGAUAAAUCAGCUGUUUUCCCGCAUUGUUUUUUUCAGUCAUUACCAAAUUUAGAAAAGCUUGUUGUUAGUGAAGCUUCCUUUGGUCAUAUAUUCCAUUUUGAAGGAUUUGAUGGUGAGAAAAAUCAUGCAUCGGCAAUCACUUCAUUGAAUGAAUUGGUGCUGUCUGAACUUCCCGAGCUAACACAUCUUUGGAAGGAAGAAUACCAACCCAUACCAGCUUUCUGUGAAUUGAGAACUCUUCAAGUGCGGGAUUGUGGCAAAUUAAAGAUUUUAGCGCCAUCAUCAGUGUCUUUUGAAAAUUUAACAAGUUUGGAAGUUACAAGAUGUCAUGGAUAUGUCAAUUUGAUAGCAUGCUCAACAGCUAAGAGCCUAGUGCAACUCACAAGAAUGACCAUAACUGAUUGUGAGAUGAUAGAGAGAAUCAUAGCGCGUGAGUCUGAGGAAGUGAAAGGAGACAUUGUUUUUACAGAACUGAAGGAUUUGCAACAAAGUUGUCUACCAAAUAUGGCUAGCUUCUGCUUAGGGGAUCACAACUUGGAAUUCCCUAUCUUUGAGAAAAUGAUUGUGAAAGGAUGCCCUAAGAUGAAGAUUUUCUGCCAAAGAGAUUUAAGCAUACCACAACUGCAAGAAGUGAUAUGGCCGAAAGAUGAAGAUGAAGAAAAAGGGUGGUGGGAAGGAGAUCUUAAAACUACUAUAACACGGAUGUUUGAAAAAAAGGUUGGAUAUCAUGGUUUAGAGCAUAUUAUACUCUCUGAGUCUUCUAAGUUGAUGGAGAUAUGGAGAAGUGAUCCUCAAGGAACUAUAGGCUUCAAAAGUCUUACACUUAUAGAAGUUUAUGAUUGUAGCAGCUUGAGGUGCCUAUUUACACUUUCCAUGGCUUUGGAGCUAGCACAACUCUGUGAGAUAAAAGUAAAAAAUUGCAUUGUGAUGGAACAUACCAUCACAGAUAACGGACCAAAUGAAGAAGUGUCAAAUAAGAUCGUGUUCCCUCUGCUAAGCUCCAUAACUCUUGAAUCUUGUGAGGACUUGCCAAGUUUCUAUCAAGGAAGUAAAAUAUUGGAAUGUCCAUCCUUGGAAAAAGUUGUUGCAUCCAAUUGUCGUCAGAUGUUUGCAUUUGCAUCUACAUUUUCAAGAGAGCAAAGAAUAGAAAUGAUUGAUGAUAUUAAUGGAGGAAAUACAACAAGGCUUGCCAAGGGAACUGCCCAUACUGCAUUUUUCAAUAACACGGUUGUGUGUCCAAAUUUGGAGAUUGUGAAACUAUCCUCAAUUGACGUUCAGAUGAUAUGGGAUGACCAGCUUCUUGAAAUGCCUUCUUAUGUUCAAAAUUUAAGGUUAUUGAUUGUAAAAGGCUGUAGAAACAUAGAAGAAAUUAUCUUUAUAGAAGGAUUAGCAGAAGAAGGCGUGAUGAGCCAACUAUUCCUUAAACUUGAUAUUUUGGAAUUGCAUGACCUUCCCAAACUCAUGAGAUUCUGCCGUGGAAGUUAUUUUGAAUUCCCCUUGUUAGGAACUCUUGUAAUAGAAAACUGUCCUGCUUUGAAGACCUUCAUCUCUAAUUCUACAUUGACAAACUAUACUCAUAUCUGUCAAACUGUGGAAGGAAACAACUUGGAUAUUGAUUUGGCUCCUCUCUUUAGUGAAAAGGUGGCUUUCCCUCAAUUAGAGGAGUUGCAAAUCAUAAGUAUGGCAAAUUGCAGAAAGAUAUGGCCUGAUCAGCUCGUUGGUGAUUCAUUUUGCAAACUAAAUCAUCUCAAGGUGUUAAGAUGCAAUAGACUGUUGAAUAUUUUUCCACUUAGUAUGAAGGCCAGACUCCAGAAUCUAGACGAGUUCCAUGUAACACAUUGUUAUUCAUUAGAAGAAAUAUUUGAACCUGAAGUGCUCAAUGCCAGCGAAUUACAUGCAGUGACAGCCACUCAAUCCAUUGUGGAAGAAACAACCACUAAUAUUGUAUUUCCUAAACAAACAUAUCUAGAACUUCGAAUGUUGCCCAGAUUGAGGAGUUUCUACUCUAGGAUAGAUACAACGGAGUGGCCAUCAUUAAAGAAAAUGCAGAUAUAUGGAUGUGACAAAGUGGAGAUAUUUGCUUUAGAAAAUAUUCUGGGUUUUGGAGAAUCAACAAAUUGGCAACCUCUCUUUUGGGUCAAUGGGGUUACAUUCCGUAAUCUGGAAGAAUUAACAUUGGAGUGCAAUGGCAUUAUGAAAAAGAUAUGGCACGGACAGCUUAGAACAGAGUGUGAUGAAGGGAAGAGAUGCAACCACACAUUUGGGCUUCCGUCUUUAGCAGAAGUAAUUGUGAGCAAAUGUCCUGAAAUGGAGAUUUUCUGUAAGAGAGUUUUAAAUGCGCCAAUGCUGCAAAGAGUACAAGAAACAGCUGAAGAUGAUAAGGGACAUUGGGAUGGUGACCUUAACAGUAUUGUCCAACGAUUGUACGUCGAAAAGGUUGGAUACUAA